AAAAAAAACAAUAACCAUAGCUAUGAAUGCACCGAGGAAUUUUGGCUUGGACAGAGAGAUUGCUGCAAAGCUCGCGUCCAAGUAUGACGUGGGAAGGGAAAUCGAGGCCCGAGAGUGGAUAGAGACCGUUAUAGGAGAACCGUUCCCUUAUGAAGGGUUCCAAGAGUCCCUUAAAGACGGUGUCAUUUUAAUCAAGCUGAUGAAUGUACUUAUUCCAGGGUUUUUCAAGAUCAAGGCCUCUAAAAUGCCAUUUGUUCAGAUGGAAAAUAUAUCGAAAUUCCUAGAAGGAUGUGUACGUCUUGGAUGUCCUAAACAUGACCUCUUCCAAACAAUUGAUCUGUACGAGAACAAGAACCCUGGUCAGGUCGUGGACGCAAUUUGGUCUCUAUCCCGUCAUGCAGCCAAAGCUGGAUGCGAUAUUCCUGUUCUCGGUCCUAAACUUUCUGAUAAGCAUGAGGUUGAGUUCUCAGAAGAGGUUUUGAAUGCUGGCAAGAGUGUGAUUAAUACAUACCAAUAUGGGUAUGCUGGCGGGGCAAAUCUUUCGGGUGUUCGACAUGGGUACCGUCGUGAGAUCGGAGGUAUCGACCCAAGGCGUCACAGCUCACUCAACUCCAACGGAAACAAAUCAUAAACCGAACCUGGGGCACCAAACCUCCUGCACAACUUUAUACUAUUUUCUUUAUUUUAAAAACCGGAUCAACAAUAAACGAUUUCUUG